UUUGCUCUGAUCGAUUAAACUUCAAUUCAAUCUCAAUUCUAAUCCGCAGUCUGAUACAGGCAUAAGAAAAAAUUCGGGAUCCCAGAAAUUCUUUAUUUGACAAUCAAUGGAGAAACUCAAUCGUCUAAGGCCCAUAUCUAAUUACAAAUCGAAGAUUACAAUCAGAUUAAUUUUUGUCCCCUUGUGUCUAAUCUCGAUUCGAAUACGAAACAAGUACAGUCAAAAAGAACGGACCCAAUUUCGAACAGGCGGUAUUCAGUGUCCGAGUUGUGUGCGUGACGCAAAAUUAAUUUGACAUUUAACAUUAUAAAUGAUAUAUCUUACCCUAAUAGAAUGAGUAAGAGGUUAAAACUGGGCGCGCUUUCGGCAGCGAGAACUUUGCGUUCUGGGAAAACGGUUGCUACCAAGGAAUCUUCGGGAGAAACAUCCCCUUAUUUUGCCGGUAAAAAGUCAACGUCAACAAAGACAAGUACAAAGAAACGAGCACCGAUCAAGAUCGAAUAUGAGACAGCGGAAGAUAAGACGAGCGUUAAAAGUACGAAGGUGAUAUCAGCUGUUCAGGUAAAGAGCGAGAAUGCAGAAGAAUCGGCAGAUGCGAGAACUAUUAAGACCGAAGAACGUGAGAUAAAAUGCGAGGAAGCGAAACAAACCAAGGAUGCAAAGGAUAUCAUGGUCGAGAAAAGCGAAUCUGUAGGACAUGAGAUGGAUUCAGAGAAUGUCAAAGAUGAGAAACAAAGUCGAUGGAUACCGCCGAAUUGGGAGACUAUUUUGGAGAAUGUCAAAGAGAUGAGGAAGUAUAAUACAGCGCCAGUUGAUGAGAUGGGUUGCCACAAGUGUGUAGACCCCAGUGCUAGUCCACCAGUGUCCAGGUAUCAGUCAUUAGUGGCGUUGAUGCUGAGCAGUCAGACAAAGGAUCAAGUCACGCACGCUGCUAUGCAGCGUCUGAUUACUUAUGGUUGUAAACCAAAUUUAAUAGCACAAACCUCUGAUGAUGUUCUGGGCAAACUCAUAUAUCCAGUUGGUUUCUGGAAGCGGAAGGUAGAGUAUAUAAAGAGGACCUCAGUUAUUCUUCUAAAUAAAUAUAACGGAGAUAUUCCUAGAACUAUAAAGGAAUUGUGCGAGUUACCAGGAGUAGGCUCUAAAAUGGCUCACUUAUGCAUGCAGAUUGCAUGGGGAGAGGUAUCUGGUAUUGGUGUAGAUACACAUGUUCAUAGAAUCAGCAACAGAUUGGGAUGGGUAAGGAAACCGACAAAAAUACCUGAGGAAACGAGAAAUGAGCUGGAGGAUUGGCUCCCUAAGCAUCUAUGGAGCCAGGUAAAUCAUCUUCUCGUGGGAUUCGGCCAAGAAAUUUGUCUACCUCGAUUUCCCAAAUGCUCAGAGUGCUUCAACAAAGAUAUCUGUCCAUACGGCAAGAAAAAUGGUGGAAAAGUAAAAAAAUGAAAAGUGCAUAUGCGCAUACAAAAACACAUGUUCUCUAAAAAUAUAUUUAUUCGUAACCGA